UCUGAAACCUGCCUGCGGUUCUCCUGCCAGGAUUUCUGGGAACCUUGGGCUCCCCCAUAGGCCCGUCCAGGAUCUGUAGGUCCCAGCGACCUGCAGCGUCACAGCACACAGUCACUUCAGGGUCCUUUCCUUUUGGAGUAGUGUGAGGUGAGCACAGGGCAGCGUAACCCAAGAGUGCACAGGGGUCCCCAGGGUCCUAGAGGAAAGACUCCAAGCCACAGCCCUGUCCACCCGCUAACCAUCUCCGAGCAGGAGGCCUGGCUAGGCUGUAGGGGAUAAAACAGUUCUUAUAGGACCUCUCUGACCUUGCAGACACAGAUGAGGAGCCAUGACUGGCUUGUGAUGCCGAAAACCGAGAAGAUGGGACCUUGGGGCAGCUGCAGGGCUGAGCGCAGUGAGCACUGAUGGGUGGGAAGGAAGCCAGACCAGAGCCAGCCAGGACAUCAGGCAGCAUGGGGUGAGCACAGGAGCUGUCCGGGCGGCUUGUGCCUGCCUACAGAACUGAGGGAGAAUGAGUUCCCAAAGCCUGGGCCUCAGGAGGGCUCCCUGGACGGGGAGGCCAAGGCACUGGCCCCACAUCAGGCUAAUCUUCUCUUUGGGGGCAUAAGGAGAUGCUGGGUAGGUGAAGGGUGUUCUGUGGGUCAGGGUCUUGGCCCCAGAGCCUUGGAGUCUGCUCUAAUUUCAGGAAAGAGGGAAGGGUCAGGGAUGCUUCUCUCUGGAGGGUAGGGCAUGAGCCUUAGUCCCCUGCCUCCAGGCUCCCCCUGUUCCAGUCCUGAGAUGCCUUCCCAGGCAGCAGACCUGGACCUCCAAGACACCGAGGAAGUGGAGGUCAGCAGAGACACCUGGCAUGACUCUGAGUGGGAGCCUAAGAAGACUCGAGCCUCUCUCAAUUCCCACAGCCCUGGAGAUGGGCUGGCCUCAGAUGGAAGGGCACUGAGGGGCCUCUUGAAGAGUCUCCCCAGCAUGUCUGAGUGUGGGGACAGCCUUGGCCAGGAAUGCACCUUGGAGCAGCCAGCAGCCCUGCUGCCUCCAGGGACCACGCCCUGCCCUCGGAAACGGGAUGCUUGGCGCGGGGUACUCUUACCACAGGGAGCCCAAGGGGCUGAGGACAGCACCGAGGAGGCUGCUGAGCUGGGCAGUAGUUUGGGUGGCGCGCCGCGGGGCACCAAGCCUCACCGCUGCGAGGCCUGUGGGAAGAGCUUCAAGUACAACUCCCUGCUGCUGAAGCACCAGCGCAUCCACACGGGGGAGAAGCCGUACGCCUGCCAGGAGUGCGGCAAGCGCUUCGGGAGCUGGUGGGGCUUCAUGCAGCACCACCGCAUCCACACGGGCGAGAAGCCGUACGAGUGCGGCCAGUGCGGCCAGGCCUUCAGCCACAGCUCGCACUUCACGCAGCACCGGCGCAUCCACAACGGCGAGAAGCCCUACAAGUGCCACGAGUGCGGCCACGCCUUCAGCCAGAGCUCCAACCUGGUGCGCCACCAGCGGCUGCACACGGGCGAGAAGCCCUACGUCUGCAGCCAGUGCGGCAAGGCCUUCAUCUGGAGCUCGGUGCUCAUCGAGCACCAGCGCAUCCACACCGGCGAGAAGCCCUACGCGUGCGAGGACUGCGGCAAGGCCUUCCGGGGCCGCUCCCACUUCUUCCGGCACCUGCGGACUCACACCGGCGAGAAGCCCUUCGCCUGCGGCACCUGUGGCAAGGCCUUUGGCCAGAGCUCCCAGCUCAUCCAGCACCAGAGGACGCACUACCGCGAGCAGCGCACACCCCAGUAAAGCCUGUGGGCGAGCCUGCUCCUCUUGGGUGAGGUGGCAGGACGUGUCCUGUGACCAAGUUAUGAUAGCUAAAGAAACUCUGUUUUCUGCUAGGCAUCCGUCUUGAUA